AUUGCACUUGCGCACAAACUAUGUGCAUCAAUCAAUAAGAGGAUUUCAAACUGCGUUGUUCGAGCGUCAUUUUAGCCAUUUUGCUGCUGAUUCCGGGAAGUAUCUUCACUUUAGUGAAAAGUUAUUGAAUUCGCGGAAAAAAUGGAGACGACCCAGCAUCAGAUCAACAUCAGCCGAAGGAUCAGAACCCAGGAGUACGCGAUGAAGUACAACAAGGACGCUUUGCAGGACGAUGCCUUCAGCUACCGAAGUGACAUCAUCACCACGUCACUGUACUGCGCAUGUAAGGACUGCAUCAAAUUCUGUUGCUACAGGAAACCUAUCAAGUGCAUUGACCCCUACCUCAUGGACAUGAGGUACACCUUCUGGAUCUACCAGGGCCUGGUUAAAGCCAGUAAGACUACUACUGCUGCUGCCACGGCUACCAGUACUUCUGCUGGCACGGCUGCUGCUACUACUAGCAGUGAUGAGCCUAAACCAAAGCGCCGUAAGUGUUAAGCUGGGUUUAUUGAAGUUCACGGUUCAAUGUGGUUAUACUAGUCGCGGCAGCAAUGAGGUCUGGGGAAGGGGUUUGACAUUCGUUGAUUUAGCUCAAUAAGUACUGGGGUAACAAUUAUUACAUGUGCUAACCGAUUUUUGUGCCAAAUCUACAUUUAGAUACUUAUGACAUUGUGUAUUUACAGAUAUCUUAUAUAUCCCUAAAGUAAUGCUGCUGUACUGCGAUUAGUGAGAAAUUCUUAGCGAAUAACAACUUUAUGAUGCAAAUAAGCUACUAAGGCAUCAAACCUUACGAGAUUGUGCCAUUAUGAAAAUAUGCGAUAUACUACAUAUAAGUAUACCACAAUAAAAAAUGAUGUAGGUUUUUGAUAUUUUUACAAGAUAAUCUGGAAUACGAUUCUCAGAUUGCUUCAUGUAAGACAUAGUAUACCGCUAGGCCAUUUACAUGAAAUACAUAAGCACUACAAUAACUAAUGUAGAUUACAAUUUGAUGAUAGAUCUGUCAUCACUGCCUUAAGUCGUGACUUAAGCCGCACUGUUCCGUGUUAACAUUUUAAUCUUAUAGCAAGUUUUUACUCUUAGUGUGUUCCUUAAAAUAACACCAAUUUAGAAAUAAGUCAUUUAUACUCAUCUAGUUAAUAUUACCUAGAUACAAUCACGUUUUUUGAUUGCUAUAUACCUCCACACAGAGUUACUAAGUUUGUUUUUAUAUUAAUAAUGAAAUGUCCAAGUAAUUUUACAAUUUGUUUUUGUAUAAUUGUUAAGUUUUUCUUGUCAUUUAAUGGCCAUUGUUUUAGUUUUAAGAUUUGAAUUAUAACUUUAAGUUACGAUAACAGUAUGAGGUAUAUUAUUGAGUGGCAAUGUUAAGCUUAAGUACAUGUUUGAUACAUUUUAAUGCUAAACACACUUUCAUUUUCAAAUACAAUCAAGCGUUAUUCUUGUCCAAGGUGUAAGCAGACUUGACUUUCUUGAACACUAUUUGCUUAACAGAUCUGUCUACAGUUUAUUUUUGGUAUAAAAAAUCUCCCUACCUGUUUAUUGAUUGUGACCCUAGUUGCUAUCAAGGUCACAAAGGAGUGACCUUGGAUUGGGGUCCUACCGUACCCUAACGAAGGGUGCGUAUUGCGUAGUUGUAAUUACCGACGCGAAUAACGAAUAUUAUGCAAAAAAAAAACAAAAUGUCGGCAGAUAAGUUUUACGUUUUGGUAAAGGAUGAAGCGGAUUUUUAACAUAAAAUUAUGUUUUUAUGCUAUUAUAAGAAAAUAACCAAUAUUACUGUUAAUCAAUUCAUAACACAGUCUAAACGGGAUUGUUUUGAUAAUAAUAUGUAUUCCGAGUGCCGCAAAAGACUAUAAUUUGUUAAAGAUUUGGCACCUACUUAUAAUAACUCAACUGCAAUGUACUCCCGUAUUUCAAACAUCAUAUUAUACUGUGAACAUGACUUAUUCGUCAAUUCAAGUUCUGUGGACAAUGGCUUUUUAGCAGGAAUUUUGAUCUUUGGUAGGUACAUCUCUAAUAAGAUUUGUUAUAAAAAAAUCACAAUAAUGUACCUCAGUAAACUUAUUCUCACCACUGUCAAAAGAUAGGGUAAGAUAAAAUAAAUAAGUGUGACUAUAAGGGCACCAUGAACACCAUAGCGGCGCAACCAGUCGCUGCUACCAACUAAAUGUAUAUAUGUAGCUCUAUAGAGAGUUACACACCUGGUAUCUGUCUGCCUGGCGCGCAACCAAUCUGGCGGCGCGACCAGCGCGGACUGCAGCACAAUGUUAUUGGUCGCGCACCCACACUGGUCGCGCCACCACUAGUUAGUUACUCUAGUUCACUCAGCCGGUAGCCUGGCAGCCAGUGCUACCUCGUCAUGGUCUAUUUUGAUACUGUCGUAGUGUGGUGUGGUGUGCCUGUAUGAUGUCCAGUUUCGUGGCUUAUGGACACCACGGUGGCGCGGCUGGUUGCACCGCCAUGGUGUUUUGGUCAAAUUAUAGCCCUAAAUAUUAUGAACCUGCGAUGGGUGCUAACUUGUUUGUAAUGGUUUUCAAUCCAUGAAUGUUUGUAUGUUAGUGUGGUUACAUAAUUUGUUUUUGUGAUAUAUUAUGUUCCUUGUUAUGUAACUCAAUCUGGCAAUUGCCUUGAUUUAUUUAUUGUUAAGUAUUGUAUUAAGUGCAAUUUGUUUGAAAAACGCACACAAAUGACAUAAAACAUGUUACACCAAUAAUCUCUUAGUUGAAAUAAUUUAAUAGUCAUUUUAACUGGGUUUAGGCCGCAUAUUGAGUGUUAUGAAUUCUUAAUUUUUAAUAAUUUUGUUGAGUAAUCUAUUAAUGAGACAUUCUUUAAUUUAACUGUGAUUUACUGUUAUAUUUUUAUCUAUCAUAGGUAAUAAUGUAGGUAAGCUGUAGCUGUUUCAAUAUUCGAUUUAGACGUGGUACUUCUGGCGCGUUGAGUAUUUUACUCAGCGCUUAUAUUUUUGUAGCUGAAUUACAUAGGCACCAAUAUAUACCAAUAUUUUCUUUACUCCAGCAUUAACCCAUCGAAAGCCAAUGGCAAUAGGUAUAUUAUACACAAUAUACUUAUUACUUUAAUUCCUAUAUUAUAAAGUAGAAAAUAAAUAACUUAGUUUUUUAAUAUUUUAUCAUACCUAUAUUAUUCAGUAUUGUAGGUAAUUCGUUUUUAUAAACAUAUAAUCACUUUUAGACCCUUAUACAUUUAGGAACUGAUUAUUGUUCCUGUUUUUAUCUAAUAACAUAAUACAAUAUGCGAUAACUUAUGAUACUCUCUAGUUGUGAUAUUUUUACUCCAUUCAUGUA